CGCAUGCGCUGCUAUGUGUGUGCGGCGGUUGCAACAAUGGAGGCGGACGUUCAUAGAUAUGACUGGGCUCAGUUUGAGAAAUGCCGAUUCCAUUAAAAUCUCCCAUUUGUGCGUCAUGAAAUUAUAACAGGCUAUAAUUACAUCAGGUGCAGUGACAACGACCCGGACUUUUCCUAUUCGGGGCUCUUUUCCUGUUCGGGGCUCUUUUGGCUGCGGGAGCUCCUCCAAUGGUGCUGAUAUUUUUCUCAUUUUGUUACUGAUAGCAUCUUAAGAAAAUGUCUGAGGUCAGCAUCAUGAAGCGCAAGGAAAAGUGUGAAAACUGCACCAAGCAGUGCAACAAGAAACGGAGCGAUGAUGAUGAGGUUAGCUCACAUCAGGAAAGAGAUCAAGUCAAUGGGCAGGAACGUGAAAGAUCCCGGUUGCUCCUCAGUGCUUGUCUGUCCUGCGAUGGCUGUAUGUCUGAGGAGGAGAGCCUUAAGAUCUCUCAACAGAACUUGGAGGAAGUGGAGCGGGUUUUUGCUCUCAAUAAGAAGUGUGACGUGACGAAGCACAAGGUGCUCGUGGCGUCAGUGUGUCCACAAUCGCUGCCUUUUUUUGCCGUAAAGUUUGACCUGGACAUCGCAGAGGCUGCCAAUAAACUUUGUGGAUUUCUCAAGAGCCUUGGGGUGCAGUUUGUAUUUGAUACCACACUGGCAGCAGGUUUCAGCAUCAUAGAGAGUCAAAAGGAGUUCAUUCAGAGGUACCGCAGGAGACACCAUGACUCUCAUGCCUUGCCCAUGUUCACCUCCUCCUGUCCAGGCUGGAUCCGCUAUUCAGAGCGUAUCCUUGGAAGUUUGGUCACCCCCCACAUCUGCACAGCAAGGUCUCCGCAGCAGAUUAUGGGCUGUCUUGUCAAAGACUACUUCUCUAAACAGCGGAAGCUGAAUGCUGACAAAGUUUACCAUAUAGUGGUGGCUCCCUGCUUUGACAAAAAACUGGAAGCUGUCAGAGAAGAGUUUUACAACAGUCUACUGGAGAGCAGAGAUGUGGACUGUGUCCUGACCUCAGGGGAGAUCUACCACCUGAUGCAACAGAAGAAAGUCUCUAUGGAGGAGCUGGACUCUGUUCCGUUGGACCAUGUGCUGGGUGAAAGUGGAGAUGUGCCGCUGGUUCGACAUGAAGGCCGCGGUUCUGAGGGUUUUCUGGAACAUGUGUUCAAGCAUGCUGCCAAAGAGCUGUUUGGGCUGGAUGUCUACAAGGUCACAUAUAAGGCCCUUAGAAACCGUGAUUUCCAGGAGGUGACGCUAGAGCGAGAUGGAGAAACACUGCUGCAGUUUGCUGCAGUCUACGGUUUCAAGAACAUCCAGACCUUGGUGCACCGCAUGCGAAAAGGACGGGUGCCUUACCAGCUGGUGGAAGUCUUGUCCUGCCCAGGGGGGUGCUUGAGCGGCCGUGGUCAAGCAGAGAGUGAGUCAGUGGGCCGGGUGGAUAAAAACCUGGUCCAGCAGAUGGAGGAGGUAUACAGCAGCUUGUCAGUCAGUCUUCCAGAAGUCAACCCCACCUUGCAGACACUUUAUCAAGACUGGCUUCAGGGCCAGGAGUCACAGCAAGCUGGAAAUCUGCUGCACACCCAGUAUAAGAGUCAGAGUCCGAUCUCCUUACAGCCCCCCCACAUGCAGUGGUGAGGAUAAAGGAGCAAUGCUUUAGUUUUACAACUAAAAUGAGGGUACAUCUUUUGUUUGCUUGGGAAUUGGCUUGAACUUCCCCACAAACUAUUGUGAUACGUUAAGGACCUGUCAGUACGUUUGAACCGAUCAGGGUUCUUGCAUUGAUGGGCAAUGCAUAACAGAAAUGAUACUUUUGUGCAGACAAGGUCACAAAUAUGAUGCGAUUUAUUGUGGCCAAAAUACCAAACAAUUAGCCAACUAAGAAUAGCUUCUUUGAACAUACAUAUUUUUUUCAAAAGUUAUCUACAUUGAACGCACGCAUCAACAGUGUCACAAUGAUAAUUAUGCAACAUAAUCAUCCUGUUGUCUCAUCGAACAAUGAAAACAUUUGAGUUUUAAGUGUUUGACAUGAUCAGUAUUGUUUUUUGUAAUGGUACAAGCCUUGGCAGCAUGAUGUACUAGUUGUUACCUCAUAAUAAGGAUUCUGUGUGCAUCUCUGUGUGGAUGAUUGGUAAUGUGUAUGUGCCCUGUGAUUAACCGUCAACCAUGCAGUCCAGGGCGAACCCCGCCUCUUUCUUAAAGUCUGCCGGGGUAGGCUCCAGCACAACCGCGACCCAAAUGAGGACAGACUAUAUAGAAAAUUGAUGAAUGGCUGUUUGUCAUUCAGCACAACAAACCAAGGCAACAUUUUUGUUUUAAUUUAUGCUUACCGAUAAGUGUUCUGUCUUUUAUAAGAUCAAUACAUGCUGAUGACUAAAAAUGUCGGACGAAUGAAACUUGGUGGUCUUAUUCUUUUACAGCAGGGGUGUCAUGGGGACCUGUUCGUUUAUUGUGUGGGGGUCCCCAUUUUUUUGUGAAGAGGCGUGUGUAAAAUGUCAAUUAUUGAAUGAUAACACGCUUUAUUUGAAAUUUUACUGCAAACGUAUUUCUCACCAAUUAGUGCUCUGUUAGAAUUUAACUUAUAAAAGUGUAAUUGCUGAUCAUUCCCACUGGUUCUGGUUGAAAUCCUGGACAGAGUUGCGGUAGCAAGGUACAGGGCAUCCGGAAAGUAUUCACAGCGCUUAACCUUUUCCACAUUUUGUUAUGUCACAGACUUAUUCCAAAAUGCAAUACAUUAAUUUUUGUCCUCAAAAUUCUACAAACAAUACCCUGUAAUAACAAUGUGAAACUUUUUUUUUAGAAAGGUUUGCAAAUGUAUUAAAAUAUAAAACUAAGAAAUCACAUGUCACAAUUACAGCCUCAAGUCUUUUUGAAUACGAUGCCACAAGGUUGGCACACCUAUCUUUGGGCAGUUUUGCCCAUUCCUCUUUGCAUCACCUCCAUAAGUUUGGAUGGGAAGCGUCGGUGCACAGCUAUUUUCAGAUCUCUCCAGAAGUGUUCUAUCGGAUUCAAGUCUGGGAUCUGGCUGGGCCACUCAAGGACAUUUACAAAGAUGUCCUGAAGCCAUUCCUUUGAUGUCUUGGCUGUGUUAUCAGGGUUGUUGUCCUGAUGAACUGUUGCCCCAGUCUGAGUUCAAGGGCGCUCUGGAGCAGGUUUUCAUCCAGGAUGUCUCCGUACAUUGCUGCAUUUAUUUUUCCCUCUAUCCUGACUAGUCUCCCAGUUCUUGCUGAUGAAAACCAUCCCCACAGCAUGAUGCUGC